UCACUACUGGAAAAGUAGGCGGUUACCCCUGAUCUUGAUCACUCGACAUCUGGCACUGCGCUUUACUGCAUAUCGAAACUCCCCCUACCCCACAUCUUCCAUAGUCUGUUCUCUACUCCUUGAGACAGUCUAGCGCACUGAACAAUGAAUACACUUGUGAAAUGUCUGUUGAUAGUCCUCUGUACUGCCUCUGUGAUAGUCAAUGUUGUCUUCAUAUGCUUGAACUCGAAGAAGAUGACAAAAUGCUCGUCUCAGUUGCAUGACGCUCUCAGACGAAAACACGACAACAGCAGCCUGGUGUUCGCUGACCUGACUGAGCAGGAAUAUCGACAGGUCCGCGACUAUAUGUGGAAUCAGCCUGAUCUGAAGAUUUCCCGCAGCGCGCUGGCGGCGCCGUCAGAAAACUUCAUCUUUUUAAUCGACCUGCUGCUGCCUAAGAAGGCAGAUGUACUGCGCUUCUUGGAUGAGGGAGGACAGCAACCCAUGCGUAAAGCCGUAGUGGUGGUUUUCUACGGCUCCCUGGCGCAUAUUAAGGAGUAUGCGGUGGGACCUCUUCCGAAUCCGACCCACCACGAGGACAUCACUCUAAAAAAGUACAAAACUGAUCUGCCAAUCACGGCCCGGCCCGUCACCAUUGGGGAAUAUGCUCUACUUUUCAAAUUCCUUUACGAGGAGGUAUAUCUGAAACUAAGAAAAGUUCUUGAAGAGAGCUUUGGUGUCACUGACAACAAGAGGCUUAUGCCAUUUGAGGGUAUGCCCAGAGGUGUCCAGUCGGGAGACAGACAGACGUGGAUUUCUUUCUUUCGUGAUUUCAGUGGCAUGUAUAUUCAUCCUGUGGGAUUUGAGGUUUUGAUCAAUCACAGAAGUACAAAUUCAUCUGCAUGGACUAUAGAAAAGCUGUUAUACAACGGGCAAUACUUUCAGAGUGUUGAGGAAUUUAAAGGAAAAUACGAGGCUGGCAGUGUUAAUAAGAUUGUUUAUAAAAGCAUCCUAAAUUAUGCAUCAUUGGAGCCUCGGGUAAAACCAACUGGUUUAGGCCCUCAGCAGCAUUAUAUUCAAGGUCAGCGCUUCAGCGUUAAGAACAACCAGGUAUUGUAUUUAGACUGGAGCUUUGCGUUUGGCCUCAGCUCCCUAACGGGCAUGCGAGUUUUCGACAUUCGCUUUAAAGGGGAGAGAAUCGUUUACGAGUUAAGUGUCCAAGAGGCCAUGUCAGUCUAUGGUUCGGUCACUCCAGGGAUGAUGCUUACAAAGUUUCUGGACUCGAGCAUCGGGAUAGGGCGAUUUGCUCAUGAGCUGGUUCGUGGCAUCGACUGUCCGUAUGCUGCUGUUUAUGUGGACACUUUCCGUUACAUUGACGCAAACGCAGCACAGAGAUUUAGGAACUCGAUUUGUAUUUUCGAGCAUGACACAGGCCGUCCACUUAGAAGGCACUUUGCUGACUUUUUCCAUAAUAGCUAUGGAGGAAUGCCAAACAGUGCCUUGGUUAUCAGAACCAUUACAGCCAUCGGUAACUAUGAUUACCUGUGGGACUUCAUCUUCUACCAGAGCGGGUCAGUAGAGGCAAAAGUGCACGCUACAGGAUACAUAUCUUCAUCUUUCAAAAUUGACGGCAGUCUGAAAUACGGUCACCAGGUGGCAGAAAACACCAUCGGCAACAUUCACACUCACUUCAUCAACUUCAAAGUUGACUUGGAUGUGUUAGGUGUGAAGAACGUGUUCCAGACCAAAGAUAUGACAUUUGAGGAGGUGUCUUUGCCGUGGUUAACCGGGAGGAAAGCGAAGGUGCCGCGUCUGGUGGAGGGGCAACUGAAGACGGAAAAAGAAGCAGCACUGCGUUAUGGCACCAAAAUUCCACGCUACCUCCACAUCGCCAGUAACCAGACCAACCGCUGGGGUCACCAGCGCUCCUACAGACUCCAGGUGGUCAGCUUCACUGGGGAACAUCUACCCGAGAGUGAGCCUGAGGAGAAGUCCAUGUCCUGGGCCCGGUAUAAAGUGGCCAUCACAAAGUAUAAAGAAGAAGAACUGACAAGCAGCAGUCUGUAUAGUCAAAAUAACAUGUGGUCCCCAGCUGUGGACUUCAGCCAAUUCAUUGAUGAUGACGAGAGCAUUGAGAAUGAGGAUCUGGUUGCCUGGGUAACCACUGGGUUCCUCCACAUCCCUCAUGCAGAGGACAUUCCGAACACGGUGACUGUGGGUAAUGGGGGCGGGGUCAUUCUGAGGCCACACAACUACUUCAGCGAGGAUCCUUCGAUCCACUCCCCGGACGCCGCCUACAUCCACCCGGAAUCUCCGAGGAGCUGCGACAAGAACAGGCUAGCCUGCCUCGACCAGGAGACCUGCAGCGCCACCCUUCCCCCUUUCACCUUUCACGGCUUCGAGGAGGUCAUGAAAUUUGAAGAAUGACCUCCUGUAGAAAGACCACCCCGGCUGCUCUGAGUGUCAGCCUGACAUUUAUCCGAUGUGCUUUUUUGAAGGGGGAACUUUUUUUAAACCAGGUUAUACCACUACUCACGUUAGAAAUGUUCAGUUUUUUGGAAUGUGGACUCUAAAACCCUACUUCCUACUGCAGUUUGUCAGCUGCACCUGCAUCUGUGAACUAGAUCAGAAUUAUCUGAGCAAGUAUACAAAUAAGCGUACAAAAUAUUUGUAUGCUGUGGAUAUGUUCUGGGGAAUAUGCAUUCUGUUUACUUAUCUUUUUAUGCUCUUUGCUCAGCUUUAUAAACACGAUGCGCGAUCUUCAAUAGGCAAAGAAUGAUUUGCUUGUUUUGCUCUACUCUUUACCAAGCUUAGCCGUCAAUGUGAACUAAUCCUCAUACUAUAAGGCACUGGAACACUAAAACUAAUCUAGUUUUUAAAGCAAAUGCUAUUGUGUGACUAUGCAGAUUUUAAAGGUUAAAUAAAUGUUU